AUGGCACAAACUGGACUUCUAAUUUUUCUCCUCAUUAGCAUACUACUGCUGGAUCAAGCUACUGGCCAGGCUUCCAAGUUCAAAGCCAGAAAGCACAGUAAACGUAGAGUGAAAGAAAAGGACGGUGAUCUAAAGACUCAGAUUGACAAGCUGUGGCAAGAAGUAAACUCCCUGAAAGAAAUGCAGGCACUUCAGACAGUCUGUCUUCGUGGAACAAAGAUCCAUAAGAAGUGCUACCUGGCAUCUGAAGGUGCCAAGCAUUUCCAUGAAGCCAAUGAAGACUGCAUAGCCAAGGGAGGGACACUGGCUAUCCCCAGAGAUAAUGAUGAAACCAACUCCCUUCGAGACUAUGGCAAGAAAAGUCUGCCAGGGGUUGCAGACUUUUGGCUGGGUAUCACCGACAUGGUAAACGAAGGGAAAUUUGUUGAUGUCAAUGGGAUGGCUCUAAACUAUUUCAACUGGGAUCGCUCCCAACCAAAUGGGGGAAAGCGUGAAAACUGUGUCCUGUUUUCCCAGUCAUCUCAAGGCAAGUGGGGGGAUGAAGUCUGCCGUACUGUCAAAAGAUAUAUUUGUGAAUUUCUAAUCCCGUAA